UUUUGUGUUUCUUUUCUCUCUUUCGGCUCUAAAAGCAGAACUGGGCAGUGAGACAAUGAAAAAAGCAAACAAGAUAGUAGAAGGGGGAGCGAGAAAGGGAAACUUCAAUCCGAGAGGGACACAUCAAUUAGUUACCUCCCCCAAAAGCCCGACCAGCACCGGGAACCGAACCUGCCACCAAGAAUUCCCUUCUCCAACUUUGGACUCAAAAACAAAUGUAGUCAUGAAGGGUCAAAAUGUAUCUCUGAUUUGUUCCAACCAGAACAAAUCACUACAAAUCAUCUAUUCUUUGUUUCUGCAUGAGAAAUUCAUGAAAAUCCAGCAUAGCAAAGGGGAACCCGUGAUUUUUAACCUAAGCAUCUCAGAAGCCCAUAAUUUGGGGCCCUACCAAUGCAAAGCCGAAGUUUCCAGAUGUUCUAAAUACAGUCAUAAGUUCAACUUCACACUUGCAGACCCAGUGAUCACUCCCAUGCUGAACGUUACUGUCAUUAAAAACCAGACAAACAGUUAUGUAACACUGCGUUGCAUUUCAUUCAACGGCUCUCUGCCCAUCAAUUACACUUUCUUUGAAAAAGACAUCGCCCUGUCACCAGCUAUUUCCAAGCAUGUAAGGGAGCCUGCUGAGCUUAAUGUAACGAAGAAGAAUACUGGAGCAGGGGGAGAAUAUAGGUGUAAAGCUGAAAACAGACUGCCCAGCCUUGCAAAAUAUAGUCAUCCCAUCACCAUGCCGUCAACAGAUGGAGACCGCUGUGCGUUAUGCCUGCAGCUACUGCUCCCAGUGUUAUUACUGGUGCUAUUUGUAAUAAUACUUCUGGCGUCUUGGAUACUGUGCAAGUACAAAGCAAGAAAAGCUGUAAGAGAUAAGGCAUGGAGAGACUAUGGAAAUACACCUAUGGAAGCUGGAAUAUAUGCAAAUGUCUGUGAAAAUCAAGCAGAUAAGGAGUCUGUGCCAGGCUUGGAACCAAGACAGUGUGUUUCCACAGCCCAAGAUGAAACCACACAGUCUCAGGAGAUACAUUAUGCCACCCCUGUGUUCCAGGGAGUGAAACCAAGAGAUCACGAAGCCUAUAAUGAUGAUAAAACUGUAUAUGUCUAUUCUGAACUCAACAUCUGACAUUUAAAGAUACAAACUACGCCUCAGGGAAAACUGGUCACAGGAUUUAGGAAUCACCCGGAUAAUCCAGGAUGACCUCAUCUCAAGAUCCUUAACUUAAUUUCAUCUGCAAAGACCCUUUUUC